CAAUGAUCAGAGAUGUGAUCAGGGUUGGUUGUUGUUAAUAUUAUGGCUGAAUUUCAUUUUUAAGUAAUAAUUAUAUUCUAAAUGUAACAGCUGUGAUUUUAAAGUAACUGUUGCAGUUUUUCCAAUUAUAAUAAUGUCUUUGGAACAAACAGCGUGUGAAGAUGUUGUUGCAGAUUUAAAAGCAUUUGAGAGGCGUUUGACUGAAGUUAUAGCAUGUUUACAUCCCUCUACAACUAGAUGGAGAAUUGUACUCUUAGGUGUAUCUCUCUGUGUUGCAACAGGAGCAAGUCAGUGGAUUCUUGACCCAGAAACUAGAAUAGUGUCAUUGUCACAAUCGUUAACCAACCAUCCAUUUUUCAUUCUCUCUACAGUGGUUUUAAUUGUGAUAUUACUACUUGGUGUGCACAAAAGAGUUAUUGCAGCUUCAAUAAUAACUUCGAGAACCAGGGAAGUUUUAGGAGAUUUCAACAUGUCAUGUGACGAUAGCGGUAAACUAAUUCUACGACCAAGGCCAACAAAUAUUACCUGACAGUUACAUUGCUAGAGUAGCGUUUUGUAAAUAUUUGUUCUAAUAAAUAAUUCGUUUUGUAUUGAA